UUGUUCAACGAUUCACUGAAACAGCCAUCGAGUGUUCAGUCGAUGAUCCGCUCUCUGUUCGAACGUGUACACAGAGCGAGUCAUAGAGAGAGAGGGAUAUACGCGGUUGAUUCGCGAGUUUUAAUUUUAAAACGAAUCAAGACGGCGGUCGCGAAACUUGCAUGUUUUGUGCGGGACGCCGUGUAGUAUUUUCGUACGAGUUUUGUGCGUUUUCGAGCGCCCCAGAACCGGGUUAUUCUCAUUGUUCGGCAUCGGCCUUCGCCGAUUGUUUAACAAGAACCGUCAAAGAGUGGACGCUUAUUAUUAUUCAGUGAUCAUCGUUGUUUUAUGAAUUUUCGGUAGUAAUUCGACAUCUUGGACGUAGUUCGGAAUUUCUUGUGUUGUUUUGUGCGAUGUGAGAUGUGAAUGUGGUGCAUGCAUGUCCAUCCUGUGGGAACAAGAGGUCAAAAGCGUGGAGUUUACAUCAGAGGAAUGUAGAAAAGGAUGACGGAUGGCACUGAAUGAGCGCGGGCGGCAGCGCAGGCAGCGGCGGCGGCUCAGGGAGCAGCUCAUCGACCGCGGCUCUGCGUGCGGCGGCGGCGAAGGGGAACGCAGCGGCGUGCGCCCGGAUACUGGGCGGGCAGAGAUGCGUGAGGUUCUCCAGGGACGAACAAGGUCGGUCGGCCCUUCACCUUGCCGCCCAGGGCGGACACGCUGCCGUCAUCCGGCUGCUGUUGGGCGUUGCGGCGCCCAAAGAGGUCGACUCGCCGGACGGGGAUGGUUGUACGCCACUGCAGAGGGCAGCCGCGGAUGGACACGAAGAAGUCAUCAAGCUGCUGUUGGCCAGAGGCGCCGAUGCUGACAGGCAGGACAGCGUGCAUGGCAACAGCGCCUUGCACGAGGCCUCCUGGAAGGGGUACAGCAAGAGCAUAAGACUCCUGUCGGCAGCUGGUGCCAAACUGGACACCCCUAACGCUGGAGGCUUCACCCCACUCCACCUCUGUUGCCAGAACGGUCACAACCAAUCCUGCAGGGAGCUGCUUCUGUCUGGGUGUGACGUCGACAUCAAAAACCACUAUGGUGACACCUCGCUACACACUGCUGCCAGAUAUGGCCAUGCUGGAGUCACCAGGAUACUCAUUUCCGCCCAAUGCAAGGUUUCUGAACAGAACAAGAAUGGAGAUACUGCCCUGCACAUUGCAGCAGCAAUGGGAAGACGUAAACUGACUAGGAUUAUCCUAGAAGCUGGUUGUGAUAAGAGGGUGAGGAACAAACAGGGUGAAUCUGCCAGGGACAUAGCCAUACGCAAAGAAUUGCACGAGAUAUUAGCCAUCCUAGACGAUUGCGCGAGUUUUAGAAGAGACAAGAAGUCCACUCGUAGCAAAAAACCUAGAGGCAAGAGCAAAGUUAGAUUCGAAACCAAAGAAGGAGAAGACACCUUGGACCUCGCUAAGGGACGCCACUGGUCCCCGUACGGCUGCCACUACUACCCCGACCCAGAGGCUUUUCCCUCACCUCGCCUGGACUCUCUACCACAAGAACCCCUGAAAAAAGGAGAGCAGUACUACCUGGACCUGGCAGGGAACAUCAGGAAAGGUCCUGUAGGAGUGGGAUACACUUGUUACUGCGCUCCUCUCUUCAGGCACAUCGAAGCCAAGAUGGAAAAGGACAAGAAGGAACUCCAGAAGGCUCAGCUGAGGCUGGGACAAAGAGUAGCUGGCUUGGAGCAGAAGCUGAAUCGCGGAGUUAUGGGAAGAAGGUCGGAGAGGGUGACCAUGAUGAAUAAAGAGCCGCAGGAGCCCCAGCUGCCGAGAUCCAGGAGCUUGGAGAUGCUGGACAGUAUAGAGAAGGGGCCCCUUCAGUCUACAAGGAGCAUGGACGAGUUAGACAACGACAACAACAACCUCCCUGACCAUCGACCAUCAGUAAAAGAACUGGUUGCCAGGAUCCAACUCCAGCAGUCUGAGAAGCAACGAGAUGGCGAGAACAGCGAAAGUAGCGAUGACGAAGACAGCCCCAUGAGGUUCUCCCACCAACUGGGCAUCAUGGGAAACUCUAACCUCUCCCCCAUCCCGUCAGAGAUGCCCAGGAGUAGGAGUGGCGUGUACAACGCAGACCUAGGGGCCUCCGUCUACGACCCUGGUCCUUCCAGACACCUGGAGCCGACUGUAAUCAUCAACCACGGAAGAAGCUCGCACGAUCACUCUGGUGAGAGUCAAGUCAGCUUUGCGGGGGAGAGCACCAAGUACUACAACUCUGUUAAAUAUGCGGACUCUUCGAAAUACGUGGAUUUGAACUCGAGGUUCGCCAAGUUGAGAGUGUUGGACGGUAGGAACAAUAACGAGGCGUCUUCUAGGAUGAUGGACGGCAGUAAGAUGUUCGAGAGCACGGCCAGAAUGCUGGACAAUGUUCACGAUACCGCGGACAGAGACACUAACAAUGAUUCCGGGUAUUCCACCAAGGUUUACGGAAGCUCCAAAGGGAAUUCCCCAAGUUUAUCCGGACAGUUGGAAGGGGAUAUACCCGGAGCUUCCAGUUUGGUCUAGAACACUUUUCAUUUUUCGAGAAGUGCACACUUCGAUUUGAUCUCGGUUGAAUUUUCUGAGAUUCCGUUGAAUUACACUUUGUAUAUGUAUUUUUGUCCAAUUGUAUUGGAUUAUUGUAUAUUGUAAAAGGUUCGUUUUGUAGAUUCUUGAUGAACGUACUACAUAGAAUUUUUUAAGAUGAUUUUGUUGAUUGAUAAUUAUAUUUUUAACAAAGAGAAUAAAGAUCUAUAUUUUUAUUAUUGAA